AUGGCACCGAUCCUAUACACCCUCCUCCUCAAUAGGGCCGACUCUGAUUCUUCCUCUGACUCUACUGACUCUUCGACCGACUCUUCGACUGACUCGUCUGACAGUUCCGACAGCUCCAGUUCCAGUUCCAGUGGGAGUUUCUUGGAUGAACAUGGGAAAGAGAUAUACAUCGCCCUAGCAAUCAUAUCCCUCCUCCUCCUCGCCCUCCUCAUCUUUUUCUACUCGAAACACCGCCUCGCCUUCCCGCCGUUCAACCAGAAACGAUGCGCCGUCUGCAAACACGGUGUACCCAAGUCACAGAAGGUUGAUGAAGACUACUUUAAGAACGACGGAGGCAAGGGGUGGAUUUGCAGGAAGUGCCAGGAAGAGAGGGAGGAGGAAGAGCUGGAGGAGGAGAUGGAGAGAGAAGGUCUUGGUUCUGGUGAGAAGAGUAAGGGGAAGAGUGAAGGCGGGAGGAGUAAGGGCAGGAGGGAUGAAGAGGGGGAAAGCAAGCGGGAGAAGGAGGGGAAAGGUGGUAAGAGGGGAGAGAGGGAAGAGAGGGGAGAGAAAGGUAGAGGGCAGCGCGAGGCAAAGAAUUCGCGUGUGGAGAGGGAAGAAAACGAAGACUUGCAAUCCCCCCCUCCGAAAAACGACCGCCGACCCUCCAAGGCAAGGGAAGAGAAGAGCCGAAAGGCCAAAGUGGAGAGUGAUAGCGAGAGUGAUUAUUAG